UCUAAACUCUCAUCAUCAAAAUGUGUUCUAAACUCUCAUCAUCAUGACAAUUAGGCAUAGGACAAAACAAUUAGGCAUGUACAAAACAGCUCCACUUUACUACGGAACGCACUGGUAAACGUCGUACGAAAAUCCACCAUGCAGUUUUUAUUUCAUUUGCUGACAAUUGUGCACUGAGUAGAUUUUUAAUGCAUUCUUUACCAUCUGGUUAACAUAGAGCCACUGCUUUUCAGGGUUCAGAGCAGGCGCUGGCCAAGGCCACAGUACAUGCACCGCCCGUAGGAAAUAGCUACCCAGGCGGUGUUUUACAUCCGUGUACUGACAGUGGCACGCGCCCACUCAAAACAAAAGGAAGUCGGCUAUAAUCAAUGAUUUAUAUAAAUCCGAGGCGGAGUAGUCCUUCUUAAAUGUGACAAUUUACACGGAAUUUAGAUUUUGACGUUUAUAUUUUAUUGAAUUUUGACUUAAUUAGAUUUCGAUUGCAAUCACAUAAUGCUAUCAAUGGUAGUAGUAUGAAAAGGCUUGGGUUGAAAGGACCACUCUCCCAGAGCUGUAGAGCCUUGGGGUCUCAGUAGAGGAUGUACUGUAGUGGGGACUUCCAGACUUCAGCGCAGAGGAUGGGUACAUCCUUGCUGUUCCAGUUGUCUGUUCAUGAGCGUGAGCAGGACUUGGUGUUAUUGGACCACAGCUAUGCCAAGCCAUGGAAUGCCCACCCGGACGCCAGCAGUGCCCGGCCCACGCGCAUGCUGUUCGUCACACCCCGUCGCCAACCUGAUGCCACUCCGGAAUCAGACCUGUCAAUAGAUGUGGAAUCUGUCACGCCUACACCUAUCCGACUCUAUGACAACCAGAAAGCACGCAGUGUUAUGAAGGAGUGUGAGCGACAUGUUUUAUUUGCUCGCACAGUUGCCGAUGGUCCCCCACCCCCUGAUGACUGGGACGAACGCAUCAACAAGGCUGGAUGGUCGGUCACUCAAAACAAAUUAUUUAAUAAGCUGCUGAAAGCUCUGCAAGCUGAACGACUGGCCCGGCUUGCCAAUGAAAAUGCCUCCAAUGAGCCAGUAUUGCGCAGGAUUGCUGUGGACAAAUGUGCCCGGAAGGUCCGCCAUGCACUGGCCAGUGUCAAUUGGGACACCAAACUGACCCAGUGGCUACACAGCACCCUGAUAGAGUCUCUCAGUCUGGCCAUGCUGGCUGCUUACCUGGACGUACUGCAGACACUCAAGAGCAAGUUGCCCUUGCUGAUUGACAGAAUGCUGCUGACGUCGUCAGUAAAGACUGGAGCGGCUGGUGCAGAAGCCCUCUCUCUGCUCCUGAAGAGGCCGUGGGAUCCAGCCGUGGGCGUUCUGUCUCACAACAAACCGAGCAAGCUUCCUGGCUCCCCACUCAUCUUAAUUGUACCAUCAGGUCCCACCAAUCCUGCUCUUUCUACCCCGCGCCGAUUUAGAUUUUGGCAGUCACAACUCUCCUGCUUGGGAAAGGUCAUCCCAGUAAGUACCCAUGUAAACAGUGGAGCCAAUGUGGGUAUCGCUCAGUGUCUGGAGCACAUGUUGGCCACAGUCAGGGCCAAAGUCAUGGAGGUCCACAGUCACUUCCCUCACAAACCCAUUAUCUUGGUUGGCUGGAAUGUGGGAGCUCUCAUCGCCUGUCACGUCUCCCUCAUGGAGUACCUGACCGCUGUGGUGUGUCUUGGCUUUCCUCUGCUAACAAUCAAUGGGGCAAGAGGGGAUGUGGACGACCCCUUACUGGACAUGAAGACCCCAGUGCUGUUUGUGGUUGGUCAGAACGCUUUGCAGUGUGGCACAGAGGCCAUGGAGGAGUUCCGAGAGAAACUCAGAGUCGACAACAGCAUGGUGGUGGUGGGGGGAGCUGAAGACAACCUCAGGAUCAACUCAACAAAGAUCAAAUCAGAGGGAUUGACACAGACCAUGGUGGAUCGCUGCAUUCAGGAUGAGAUAGCAGACUUCCUGUCGGGAGUGCUGGAGCGGGCGGAGAGCCACGGCCACAGCUCCGGGGAGCUGAGGGACCUGGACACAGAGAAGAAGAAGCAGCCCUGGCGGGAGUUACCCUUUGACCUAGAGAGGGCCCGCCCCUCUUCCCCUGCCCUCAGAGUACCUAUCUCCCCCUCAGGCUCCGAGGACAUGUCCAGUGUUUGCAGCAGUCCCACCUCCAGCCCCAAGCCAAAGACCUCUGGACUGUCCCCGGCACAGAAGUCCAGCCUGAUCACCGCCACACAACUCCUCAAGACCCAUAUGCAGCGGUCUGGGACGGUGCUCACACACAAGCAGGCACAAGCCCAGUUUGCUGCUUUUAUGAAACAAAACAUGCUUGUGAGGAAAAAUCUGCCCCCUGGCGCUCCCUCCUGUGUCUUUGUCAGUGAUGUCUGUGUCUCAGUGCCUGUAUCCAGUGAGCAGACUGAGAGCCUGGAGAGAGAUGAGCUGAUGACCCAUUUGAAGAGAAGGCAGACGCCCAGCCCCACUCCCACCAAGGCCUCAAAGAGAGCCAAGAUCAAGGUGACCAUCCUGCAUGGAGAGUCAGCAGGGGUUGCUGUCAGCUCUGCAGCACAGGAAGUGGGACCCUCUGGGAAGCCCCUGAAUGUGACUGUGGGUCAGACUGUAUCUGGAGCCAAGGAAGUCUCCAGACUACUCACAGCCCAGCGGUCUGGUAGUCUGACAGGGGUGUCUAGUUCCCAGAGCUCGGGUUCCAGCUCUUUCCACAAUCUGCAGAGUUGCAUGGUGUCAGGGUCCUCCUCACAAGUCCAGGCGCAAGCUCCUGCUACUGCCCAAGCACCUUCCGCCAGCAGCCUCCUCCACGGCCUAAGUUUCAGUCUACAGGAGAUGGUGACCAAAUCCCCUAGCCUGCCCAGCACAACAGCUAGCAUGGGCAGCAUUCAGGCCCUCGGUGGGAAGCCCCAGGGUCAGGUUCUUAACUCCAUAGAUACUGGCAGCAGCACUCUGCUCCGGGCAGUGCCUGUGGUCUCCACUGGAGGGCUGACCAAGACAACUGCCAUCCACCAGCUACUCAACAACGGUGGGCUGGCCAAGCCGGCGAGUGGCCUCCCCGGCCUGCCACACAUCUCCACCCAGAGUGCAAGUACGUCUCGAACUGCCAAACCAAGGCGGCCACGCUGAAUGCCCAGGGUUAACUCCUUAACCCCUUGUUUCGGGAAAGCUAGAAUAGCAGGACGGGCCCUAUCGCCAGUUCACUUUGGCCACACUACAGAUGGGUGACACAGAUAGUGGACAGCAAGAUCAGUAAUGUGUAUGCAGAUAGUCAUCUAUGAAGAUCCUAGGUGUUGUCAGUAUUUGAAAAGCCAGACUUGCAGCCGUGUAACAUCGAGUAUAUACAUUUGUAUCAUACGGGAUGUUUUUGUACUAAUUUUCAUGUUUGAAAGAGCCAUAAGGAAAACAUCAAUGAAUACCAUGAUCUGGGGGGAUGUGACAUUGGAAUUAGAAGUUUGAUGAAGUCAAGUUUAAUAGUUAUUGUUUCUGAAUCAAUGGAAGUCUGCGGAUAUGUCAAAUGUAAAUGUUCAAAAUGCUGACAUGAGAAUCCGUCAAUGGCAUGUUCAUAUUUGCAUGAUGUUGCUUUGAAUACAUGGAACUCUUGAUACAAAAUUGAUGUCACAAGAAUUGUGAAUCAGGAGGGCCAAAAAUGAGUGCAUUUUAACAUUGACUAAAUGUCACAUGACUACAGAAUAUGUCAAUGGCCCUGUUCAGAAUGAAUUUCUUCACCACAUACGUCCACUCGGUAAAGAUGGUCUUCAUGUUACAUUAUUAAUUAAAUCACCUGCAAGCAGCAGCCGUACUUCCAGAUGUGCACAAGGACCCACAGACUCACUUUGGAGAGAAUAGAAGAGUUGAAGACAGUAAUAUUCAGAGUAGAAGAGUUGAAGACAGUAAUAUUCAGAGUAGAAGAGUUGAAGACAGUAAUAUUCACAUCCGGCAUAUGUUUCUGUUUCUAUCAUUACGAUAAAGACUGGAAAAUAACCCAUGUUUUCAUUCCUAUUUUUUGAUUGAGAAAUGGAUGUUGCUGUUAAGAUAUCCAAGUCUUCCACUCCUUCCCCAGGAUUGCUGUUGUCUUUGGAGGCUUAUUUUUGUAAUUCUGUGUAAAGUUCGAACCUGGAUGAAUCAUUUACACUAAGACUAAAACAAGUUAUUUUUAUCCUUACAUACUCCAGUAGAAAUCCUGUAUAUACGGGAAGAUCUCAAUUGCAUACACCUCGCGUCCUCUACACAAAACCCAUUUGAGGACAGGGACCUCUGGCUUUCUCAUCCAAUGGGUUUUGAGAAGGAGAGAGGAUGUGAGGAGUAUGCCAUUGAGAUCUUUCCUCACUGUGUCUCCUGACAUGGACUGUUCCCGUCAGUGAGAAAAGCAAGCCAGACAUGAAAAUACAGACAAACACCAAAUACGCCCUUGGGUACUUAGUUUUAUUUGAAGAAAUAUUUGAUCUGAUUUAAAUAUUUUUCCCCCAUCGGAUUAACACUGCUGGAUACUCGCUGUUCAGGAAUGUCAGUUGUAAAGUUGCCUGCUUUGCUGUGUCUGCGGGAAAAUUCUGUCUGAACUAGGCUUGACACCCAGAUUUAGUUAAAAGAUCAGAGUAGAUGUGUAACCCAUGCCAUCUCUGUGUGUUGGCAGCAGGGCUGCAGAGCCCCCAAAAAUAUAAUUGUGACGCUGCAAGGACAGCCCAGCAGAAUAUCUGCACUGGGCUAGGCUGUGGGUGGCAAACAUCCCGUCACUCCCUGACCUUAGUUAUCUUUGUUUUCUUUAUUAUUUUGGUUAGGUCAGAGGGUGGUAUGUGUGUUUUUGUCUUGUCUAGGUUUUUUUGUAUAUCUAUGGGGUUUUGGUAUGUAGGUCUAUGGUGGCCUGAAUUGGUUCCCAAUCAGAGACCGCUGUUUAUUGUUGUCUCUGAUUGGGGAUCCUAUUUAGGUCGCCAUUUUGGUUUUGUGGGUUAUUAUUCUAUGUUUCGUUGCCUGUUCGCACUAGUCAUGUUGCUUCACGGUUCGUUUUGUUAUUUUGUAUAGUUUUGUUCAGUGUUGCAUUUGUUUAAUAAAUUAGAAUGUACGCCUUUCA